CCAGACCCCGAUUUCCCCUGCUGCUUCUCAGGUGGCUCGACGCUGACAGAGACAAAAAUCUGCUAACUCAGGGGGCAGACUCAACCAGGGCUGCAAGCAGGCUUGGGGAAUGACCCCUGAUCUUGAACCUGCGCCUUCUGUGGCUGCACGGCUAUCUCAAGCUGUCUCUGCCUCUGUGCCUGGCCAUUGCCCUGUCACCUUUCCCUCUGCCACAUGGGCCCUCUGUCUCCUACCAGGACCAUGCGCCUCUGGGGGCCUCGGAGCCUGGGGGUGGCUCUGGGAGUCUUCAUGACCAUCGGAUUUGCCCUCCAGCUCUGGGGGGGGCCCUUCCAGAGGAGGCUACCUGGGCUGCAGCUCCGACAGCACUGGGUCCCAUCCCCAGGGCCAGCUGUUCCAUCCUGCCCUCCCCGGCAGCGACUGGUGUUCCUGAAGACGCACAAAUCUGGGAGCAGCUCUGUAUUAAGCCUGCUUCAUCGCUAUGGAGACCGACAUGGGCUGCGUUUUGCCCUCCCUGCCCGCUACCAGUUCGGCUACCCAAGGCUUUUCCAGGCCUCUCGGGUCAAAGGCUACCACCCUCAGGGUGGAAGCACCCAGCCCCACUUUGACAUCCUAUGUCAUCACAUGAGGUUCAACCUGAAAGAGGUUCUUCAGGUCAUGCCUUCUGACAGCUUCUUCUUUUCCAUUGUCCGAGACCCAGCAGCUCUGGCCCGCUCUGCCUUCUCCUACUAUAAAUCCACCUCAUCAGCCUUCCGCAAAGCACCUUCCUUGGCUGCUUUCCUGGCCAAUCCUCGAGCCUUCUACCGGCCUGGGGCCCGUGGGGACCACUACGCACGCAACUUGCUAUGGUUUGACUUUGGCCUCCCUUUCCCCCCAGAGAUGAGGACCAAGAGAGGAAAUCCUCAUCCCGCCAGAGACGCUAAUCCCCCACAACUGCAUGUCCUGCCUUCUGGUGCUGGCCCUCGAGUCCAUACCCUGGAUCCCAAUGCUCUCUUCCAUCCUGCUCCCACUGCUGCUGAUGGUCACAGCCAAACAGCCAGCCCUACCACUUUAGAUUUGGGGUCUUCAUCCUUCAUCCAAUGGAGUCUGGCCUGGCUGGACUCUGUCUUUGACCUGGUCUUGGUGGCCGAGUACUUUGACGAGUCAUUGGUUCUGUUGGCAGAUGCCCUGUGCUGGGGUCUAGAUGAUGUGGUGGGCUUCAUGCACAAUGCCCAGGCUGGAAGUGAGCAGGGCAGAAGCGCUGUCAGCGAUGGUGGACUGAUGACUGAGAAUAGGCAGCUGACUGCACGGGCCCGAGCCUGGAACAACCUGGACUGGGCUCUUUAUGUUCACUUCAACCACAGUCUGUGGGCACGAAUAAAGCAAUAUGGCCAGAACCGGCUGGAGAGUGCAGUGGCAGAGCUCCGGGCUCGCCGAGAGGCCCUGGCUAAACAUUGUCUGGUGGGGGGUGAGGCUUUAGACCCCAAAUACAUCACUGACCUGCGGUUCCGCCCUUUCCAGUUUGGGUCAGGUAAGGUUUUGGGCUAUGUACUUCAGAGUGGACUGAGCCUCCAAGACAGGGAGGAGUGUGAGCGCCUGGCCACCCCUGAGCUACAGUACAAAGACAAGCUAGAUGCCAAGCAGUUCCCCCCAACAGUCACUCUGCCCCUCAAGACUUCAAGGCUACUCUCCCCCUAAACAUUAGACCACUAAGUCUUAGCUUGAAAACGCAGCUAAGCUACAAGGACACAAGUGAUGAAUGUGGGGCAGCCAGAUGACAUUUCUGCUUCCUUCAGAAAGCAAGUCUGCUCCCUAGAGGACAAAUGGAACUUUGCACGGAUGUGGGCCCAAAGUCCUCCAAGCCUGUGCCAAGGAAUCCAGUCAUUCAGCAGCUAGCAGCAACCCCAACCAGCAUUUUGCCCCUUCACCUUUCCAGUACCCUGGCAGGUCCGUGUAACACUCUCCAAGGCUCCCUGGAGGAGCAAACCAUGGUGUAUGCCAGAGCAAGUUUGGGAUUCAGUGGAUUGGAAUAAUGCGUCCAUUUCUCUAUGAAAUAUUUGUUACUGAGCUAUGCUCAUUUCACUAUGAAAUAUUUGUUGAAUGAAUAAAUAAUUUCAAACUUG